AUGUUCUACUCUCACCAGCUUCUAGCUCGGAAAGCUCCCCUCGGCCAGAUUUGGAUGGCGGCGACUCUGCACGCCAAGAUGAAUCGGAAGAAGCUCAACAUGAUCAACAUCAUCAGCAUCUGUGAGGAGAUUCUGAAUCCUGCAGCUCCAAUGGCGCUUCGGCUCUCCGGAAUUCUAAUGGGUGGAGUGGUGAUUGUUUAUGAACGGAAAGUGAAGCUGCUAUACGAGGACGUCACCCGGUUGCUGGUUGAAAUCAACGAGGCAUGGAAAGUGAAACCAGCGACGGACCGUACCCUUCUUCCGAAACGGAAGUUACAGGCCAAGAAAGAAGCUGUAACUCUGCCGGAGGUUCAGGACGAGGAACUCCCUGAUAUCGAGCAGUCUAUGAACUUCUCGAGCUCAAACGCCACAACGCUUCCUUUCCAGCAGACGUCUUACUUCGCAGUGCAACUAGACACCUUGGAUGAGACUUACAUUAACAAUGACAACGUGGAAGACGAUGUAACUGGCAAUAAGCAUCAAGCUGAUCCGGACAACAUAAAAUUAUUCGAACGCUUUGAUUCGUGUCAAGUAAACACAGAUAUGUAUGAUCGAUUUGAUAGAUUUGAUAUUGACGGAGAAGGGGACACGCAGAUGAUCGUGACUUCAGGAGAUCUUCCAACAGAUAUCCAUACAACUGUUAUACCCUCACCACCUCGUCAAGAUGAAGAUCUAGGAGCAAAUGAACCAGGAAUUCCUUUCACGGAUAAAGAAAUCCCUGACCAGCAACCUGAAAGCCUUGUCAAUCAACCAUCUGAAGAACACAAUGAAGGCAGACAGAUGCUAGCAAAUAGAAGGAAAAGAAGGAGACAAGCAGCAAAUUGGAUGGACAUGGAAAAAACAGUCAUACCCUGUGAGCUAUACCAGACAUGGCUUCAAAAUGCUUCUGACAUCACCUCAAGGAAUGACAAAAAGAGGAAGGAGGUGAACAAAAGUAUUAUGUCGAGGAUGAAGGUGGCUAGUCUGAUGGAGCUGCCACCUAUGGUACUCGUUGAUGAUUUAUCAAUCAAUGCAAACAAAGAUAUCUACUAUCCAGCUCCUCUACUCGUGCUGUGGACAAAAAGCACUCAGCCUCCGCAUGACUCUCCAUCUGCAAGGGCAACCUCACAUCAACCUCCUGAAGCUUCAAAUUCAUCCCCACAAGAUGCAGCAGCUCAAUUUGAAGAUACAUAUGUGUUUGAUGAUUAUCAGAGUGGAGCUGGGUCUCAGUCAAUUGGUAUCCCCUUCGAGAAGCAAGUGGCCCCUGUCGUUGGCAGCAGGAAUGUCUUGAUAGGGAACCUUGAAGCCGAGCUUUUUGGUGAUGAGUUUGAAGCCAACCUUGAUAAUAACAACAUCAGAAUGGGAAGGAACAAAGAACCACCUGUUGUCACCACAACUCCUGGAAAUCCUGGGAAGGAAGCAAGAUCUGUAUCAAGUUCAGGUUCUGGACAUAGUGUUCUGCGACGUCGAUCUGAGAUCAACUCUGGACACCAACAUAGUGGAAGCAGCCUUCGUUCCAUUCCCGAGGACACAUCAUGGCUUCCAGAUCCAGAUAUCCCGACGGUGCACCAGAAGGACCCAGCCCUUGAUCAAGAAGUGCUAUUGGAAACUGGACCUACACAGACUCAACAACCCUUCGCCACCUCCCAGCCAGUUGACGCCUUGACUGAAGCCAUCCGAAUGCACCUAAAGACUCAUUUUGAAGGUCCAGAAGCUCCAGAGUACGAAUCACUCAACAAUCUCGCCACUGGAAUGAACCGUAAACCAGCAGCUCUCUUGUUCUAUCAAACCUGUGUUCUUGCGACACGCGGCUGCAUAGCAGUAGAUCAGAAGGUGCCUUAUGGCGAUAUUCUCAUCUCUAAUCGAUCAAAGAUAUGAUAAGAUCAUCAAGCACAUUAAAGAUUAUCAUUAUUUGUUGGGAGAACGUGGGCAGGUAAAAAGGAAGGAAGGACACACACUUACUCAUCAACUAUAGAUUUUGAUGGAUCACCAUUCACCAGCAGUCCCUUUGGUACGUUAUUAGAUAGAUUGAGGACGUUAAUUGCUCAAUUAACUGGCUAUAGCUACUACCUAGCUACCCUUGUUUUGGGAUAUAAUGAUUACAAUUACGUGGAUUGUUGAUUGAUAUGUGAAUUAUACAGAUUAUCUAUCUUUUCCAAAACAAUUCUUUUACUGUUGUUGGUUUGGAGUUGGACUUUGGACCAACAAACUACUCUUGUCAUUACUC